AUGGCCGUCGCAGCUGCCCAGAAGAACCGCGAAAUGUUCGCUAUCAAGAAAUCCUACAGCAUCGAGAACGGCUACCCAUCUCGCCGUCGCUCGCUCGUAGAUGACGCCCGUUUCGAGACACUGGUUGUCAAACAGACCAAACAAAGUGUGCUUGAAGAGGCUCGUGCCCGUGCUAAUGACUCUGGCUUGGAAUCUGAUUUCAUCCAAGACGCCGCUCAUGUAGGUGAAGACGGGAAGACCGUUGAAGAUGGCAUCCAACAUGAUGAAACUAAAAACUGCCACCCUGAUGCCGAUGCUACUGACGGUGAAACUAACGGCGAUGAAGAUUAUACUCUGACCGAGGAAGAGAUAAUAUUGCAAAAUGCCGCUAGUGAGAGCCCAGAAGCCGAACAGGCAAGCCAACAAGCCGCUUUGCUUCUUCGUAUGCGCGAAGGCAUGGGUUCUCUCGCUCGCAUCCUUAAAACAAUCGAUAACUACAAGGGUUGCGUAGAACAUCUCGAAACUCGCCCCUCUCAAGUUCCCGGAAAUCAAUUCGAUGCGCUUGUGAAAGUUAGCAUGACUCGCGCCAACUUACUGCAACUGAUCAGAUCUCUACGUCAAUCAACAUCUUUCGUUGGUGUUAAUUUGAUUUCUGAAAACAAUAUGUCCAACAAGACCCCAUGGUUCCCACGCCAUGCAUCCGAUCUUGACAACUGCAACCAUCUAAUGACCAAAUACGAGCCAGAGCUCGACAUGAACCACCCAGGAUUCGCUGACAAGGAAUACAGGGAACGUAGAAAGCAAAUUGCUGAGAUCGCUUUCGCUUACAAGUAUGGAGACCAAAUCCCAUCUAUCCAAUACAGUGAAAGCGAGAACUCUACCUGGCAACGAGUAUUCAACACCGUGCUUGACCUGAUGCCCAAGCACGCCUGCAGAGAGUACAAGGCUGCAUUUAGCAAAUUACAAGCGGCAGACAUCUUUGUCCCACACCGCAUCCCCCAAUUAGAGGAUGUGAGCAACUUCCUACGCAAGCACACUGGAUUCACUCUCCGCCCUGCCGCUGGUCUGCUCACUGCUCGGGACUUCCUCGCUUCUCUCGCUUUCCGCGUUUUCCAGUCUACACAAUAUGUUCGCCACGCUAACUCUCCAUUCCACACUCCAGAACCUGAUUGCAUUCAUGAGCUCCUUGGGCACAUCCCUCUACUGGCUGACCCAAGCUUUGCUCAAUUCUCUCAAGAGAUCGGACUUGCUUCACUUGGCGCUUCUGAUUCUGAAAUUGAAAAGCUCUCCACUGUUUACUGGUUCACCGUUGAGUUCGGCCUGUGCAAAGAAAACCAUCAACUGAAAGCAUAUGGCGCUGCUCUGUUGUCAUCCAUUGGCGAGCUGCUUCACGCUCUUAGCGACAAACCUGAAUUGAGGCCCUUCGAGCCUGCUUCCACAUCGGUACAGCCCUAUCAAGAUCAAGAAUACCAGCCAAUCUAUUACGUUGCUGAAAGCUUUGAAGAUGCCAAAGACAAAUUCAGACGCUGGGUGUCCACCAUGUCCCGACCAUUCGAAGUGCGCUUCAACCCACACACAGAGCGCGUUGAAGUUCUCGAUUCCGUGGACAAGUUGGAAACUCUUAUCUGGCAAUUGAACACAGAGAUGCUCCAUCUCACCAACGCCAUCAAGAAGCUCAAGGACUCGCACUUCGAG